AUGGACAUGGAGAGCCUACCGUCGGCCGCCGCCCUCGCCACGGAACAACCGCUGACGCUGAGGGCCUCCACACGCAACCGCAAGCGCACACCUGUCGUCAAGUCUCCGGUGAAGAGGAAGAGAUCCAAGGCGCCGGCGCAGCCCGCGCCCAAGGCUGCCACCGACAGCGACUCUGACUCUGUGUUCGUCGGGGAGUCAUUCCUCGCCGAGGAGGCGCACAGCAGUUGGAGCAGGAAAGCGGCCGCCACCGACGAUGAGGAGGUCAAGCUGGCCAAGUCGCACUACCGAUCAGCCAAGGUCGACGACACCAUCUACAACAUUGGCGACGACGUCUAUGUAACGGCCGGUGAAAAUCUGGUGGACUACAUCGGCAGGAUAACAGAGUUCUUCGAGGGCGUCGACGGUGGCCGCUACUUCGCCUGCCGGUGGUUCUUCCGUCCACAAGACACAGUGAUAUCCAACACGAAACUUGUCAAGGACCACACCCACGACCCGAAGCGUGUUUUCUUGUCUGACGAGAGGAACGAUAAUGACCUUGAUUGUAUUGUGUCCAAGGUCAAGAUCAUCCAGGUCGAUCCCAAGCUUGAUCAAGAAGCCAAGGCUCAACUAGCGGCUGACGCGGACCUGUACUUUGAUAUGUCCUAUACUGUCCCCUACUCGACGUUUGAAAAUAUCACACCAGGUAAUUGCUGCCUGCAUCAAGGGCAAACCAAUAUUAAUGAGAAUUCUGGGAUCUCAUUUGAUGGUGAAGCUAAUUCAGAGUCUGACGCUGCAGCAACAAAAGCAACAAUUCUCGACCUAUAUUCAGGCUGUGGUGGAAUGUCCACCGGCUUGUGCUUGGGUGCAGUAAUAGCUGGUCUUCAGAUCGAAACGCGAUGGGCUGUAGAUCUUAAUACCAAUGCAUGUGAGAGCUUUAAGUAUAACCAUCCAAGCACAGAGGUUCGUAAUGAAAAAGUGGAGGAUUUUCUUACCUUGCUAGAGGAAUGGUCUGUCCUAUGUGACAAGCACAUUCAUAAACAUAAUGGUGAUGCCUCAGCUAGUUCGUUGGCGGAUGAAGGGAAAGACCGUGUACUUGAAAAAGGCAAGCUUGUCAUAGACAAACUUACCGCCAUCUCCUAUGGUGGCACCAAGAGAGAAAAAUGCAUAUACUUCAAGGUGCAAUGGAAUGACCAUCAGGUCGAGGAUUCCUGGGAGCCCAUGGAGAAACUCCGUGCUUUCCCAGUUAAAAUUAAACAAUUUGUUCAAGAAGGCCAUAGGCGAAAGAUCUUACCAUUGCCAGGUGAUGUUGAUGUGUUGUGCGGUGGCCCGCCCUGUCAAGGAUUGAGCGGGAACAAUCGGCACAGAAAAUGUGACAAACCCUUGGAUGAUGACAAGAAUAGACAGAUUGUCACAUUUAUGGACAUCGUUUCCUUCCUUAAGCCAAAAUAUGUGCUUAUGGAAAACGUCGCGGAUAUUCUUAAGCUCAAUGGUGGCUCUGUUGGUAGGUAUGCUUUGAGCCGUUUGGUGGCACUAAACUAUCAAUCUCGGAUGGGGUUGAUGGUAGCCGGUUGCUAUGGGCUGCCACAAUUCCGAAUGCGAAUGUUCCUAUGGGGAGCCCUCCCGACCAUGGUGCUCCCAAAGUACCCCCUCCCCCAAAUUGAUUCUGUUUUGCAGCAAAGCGUUGUUGCAUAUGAUGAAAAUCAGAAACCAACCUUGAAGGAGGCUCUGUGUCUUGGUGACGCCAUUUCAGAUCUGCCCACGGUAAGCAACGAUGAAACUGCGGAUGAAACUGUGUAUAGUGUGAAAGCAGAGACGGAAUUCCAGCGCUAUAUCCGGCUAAGUCGUAAAGAGAUGCUGGACUACUCAUUUGGUGAUAACAAAUGUCCCUCAGAAGGUAAGCUCCUGGAUCACCGGCCUUUGAAGCUGAACAAAGAUGACUAUGAGCGUGUUAAGCAAAUACCAUAUCAGAAGGCGUUCCUGCGCAAGUCGGAGGGGAACAGCAACCCGCUGAUCGUGCUGCCCGACGACUUCUCCGACGUGGCCACGAUGAGGGCGAGGGCAAGGGCAGCGUCGGCUGCUGCCGAGGCGGCGGCGGAGGAGUUGGAAGGAGCUUGA